AUGCUGUUUUCCUGGCGAGGAGCCCCGGAAGCCCGACGUCUGCUGAUCUCGCUUCUGCUCCUCGCGGUCUGGAAGGUGGGGAGCGGCCAGGUCCACUACUCGGUCCCCGAGGAGGCCAAACACGGCACCUUCGUGGGCCGCAUCGCGCAGGACCUGGGGCUGGAGCUGACGGAGCUGGUGCCCCGCCUGUUCCGCUUGGCGUCCGGAGGCCGCGGGGACCUGCUGGAGGUAAAUCUGCAGAAUGGCAUUUUGUUUGUGAAUUCUCGGAUUGACCGCGAGGAGCUGUGCGGGCGGAGCGCGGAGUGCAGCCUGCACCUGGAGGUGGUGGUGGAGCGGCCGCUGCAGGUUUUCCAUGUGGAGGUGGAGGUGAAGGACAUUAAUGACAACCCGCCUGUGUUCCCUGAAAAUAAGAAAGUACUAAUCAUUGCAGAAUCUAGACCCCCGGAAACUCGGUUUCCACUAGAUGGCGCAUCCGAUGCAGAUAUUGGAGUAAACUCAGCUUUGACCUACCGAAUCGAUCCCAACGAUUAUUUCGCUUUGGACACACAAAACAAUCCUGAGCAAACGUCUUCGUUAUCACUUGUGUUGAAGAAAUCCUUGGACAGAGAGGAAAUUCAGGAGCAUAGGUUAUUACUGACCGCCAGUGAUGGAGGUAAACCCCAGCUGACUGGCACAGUUCAGCUGCUGAUCACAAUUCUGGAUGUAAAUGACAACGCCCCACAAUUUGACAAAUUCAUUUACAAGGUGAGAGUUGUAGAGAACGCAUUUAAUGGAACAUUAGUGUUCCAGCUAAAUGCCACAGAUCCUGAUGAUGGUAUAAAUGGAGACAUAAUCUACUCAUUUAGAAGGCCCGUAUCGCCUGCGGUGUUGAAUGCAUUCAUUAUAAAUCCCAACAGUGGAGAAAUUAAGACAAAAGGUAAACUGGAUUUUGAAGAAAAGAAGUUUUAUGAAAUACCCAUAGAGGCAAUUGACCAGGGGAAUAUUCCAAUGGCCGGUCAUUGUACCCUUUUGGUGGAAAUACUAGACAUAAAUGAUAACGCCCCAGAAGUUACCAUCACUUCUCUGUCACUCCCUGUGCUAGAGGAUGCUAAGGUGGGCACUCUCAUUGCCUUGAUCAGCGUGUCCGACCACGAUUCUGGCGCUAACGGGCAGGUGACGUGCUCAGUAGCACCGCACGUUCCCUUCAAGCUGGUGUCCACCUUCAAGAAUUACUAUUCUCUGGUGCUGGACAGCGCCCUGGACCGCGAGAGCGUGGCGAACUAUGCAGUUGUGGUUACCGCGCGGGACGGGGGCUCGCCUCCGCUGUCGGCCACAGCCAGCGUGUCCGUGGAAGUAGCCGACGUGAACGACAACGCGCCCACGUUCGCGCAGCCCGAGUACACGGUGUUCGUCAAGGAGAACAACCCACCCGGCUGCCACAUCUUCACGGUGUCCGCGCGGGACUUGGACGCGCAGGAGAACGCGCUGGUGUCCUACUCGCUGGUGGAGAGGCGGGUGGGCGAGCGUGCGCUGUCGAGCUACGUGUCCGUGCACGCGGAGAGCGGCAAGGUGUUCGCGCUGCAGCCUCUGGACCACGAGGAGCUGGAGCUGCUGCAGUUGCAGGUGAGCGCGCGCGACGCGGGCGUGCCGCCUCUGGGCAGCAACGUGACACUGCAGGUGUUCGUGCUGGACGAGAACGACAACGCGCCCGCGCUGCUGCCUCCCGGGGCGGGCAGCGGGGGCGGCGCUGUGAGCCAGCUGGUGUCUCGGUCUGUGGGCGCGGGCCACGUGGUGGCGAAGGUGCGCGCGGUGGACGCGGACUCUGGCUACAACGCGUGGCUGUCUUAUGAGCUGCAGGCGGCGGCGGGUGGUGCGCGCAGCCCAUUCCGCGUGGGGCUGUACACGGGCGAGAUCAGCACGACGCGUGUCCUGGACGAGGCGGACGAACCUCUCCAGCGCUUGUUGGUGCUGGUGAAGGACCACGGGGAGCCUGCGCAGGUGGCCACGGCCACUGUGCUGCUGUCUCUGGUGGACAGCGGCCAGGCACCGAAGACAUCUUCGCGGAUGUUCGAGGCCACGGAGCCAGAGACCGCCCUGGUGGACGUGAACGUGUACCUGAUCGUCGCCAUCUGCGCAGUGUCCAGCCUGUUGGUGCUGACGCUGCUGCUGUACACGGCGCUGCGGUGCUCGGCCCCGCCCAGCGAGGGCGCGUGCGCGCAGGGGAAGCGGGUGCUGGUGUGCUCGAGCGCAGUGGGGAGCUGGUCGUACUCGCAGCAGAGGAGGCAGAGGUGUGCUCUGGGGAGGGGCCGCCCAAGACGGACCUCAUGGCCUUCAGCCCCAGCCUACCUCCGGGUCUGAUUUCCUC